ACUUAAAAUCUCUGAAAACUGCUGAAAUGAUUCAUGAUCUCUCAACGGCAAGACUCGGUUGAUGAAGGAGCGCUGCGGCCACAGAUUCCUUUGCCGCCCACUCACAUGGCCGCUGCAGCGGCAGAUGGCCACACCGCAUCGCCCUGUCCACACCUCCACUGGCCCUCCAUCUGCCACAUCAACGGCCGACCAAGACGUGCCGCCCGCAAUGAAGCGCCGCAAGCCCCUCACUGUGAGCCAGCUGCGCCGACGGCUCUACCCCUACGGACUCUUCCGGCUCCGCUCCACCAGCGAGAUUCCUUCCCUGACCUGCAGGCAGCUCACUGAAGUGGUGCAACAGGCCAUGGAGAACAGCGUCCCCGACGGACCAUUCUGGCGGCUGCUGUGCCUGCGGGCUCGGUUCCUGGUCGGGCUGCUGUCGCCCAAGGAGAUGACCGCAUUCCUCAGUGCGCUGGUGGCCAUCGACAGGGCGGAGAGUGAGUUCCUGCGGUCGGCUGUGCCGCACUUGUGCGAGCAGCUGCCGAGCUACUCGCUGGGGCAGAUGGCCGAUGUGCUGUAUGCCUAUGGGAAGCUGGGCGGGCCGUCCAACGAGCUGGUGGAGGCCACUGGCCGCAUUUUGCCGUCCAAGAUCAAAUUCAUGAGAGAGAAGACGCUCGUCAAGCUGCUCGAUGCCUACAAGUGGGCAUGACAACGAUGCCUCCCUCCUCUCGUAUUGUCGGCAUGUGUUGUGUUUGUGUGGCUGGCUGGCUGGUUUGUUGGUGCAUUAGGUUGCUGGGUGUGGUUGACGACAAUGUGUUUCCCCUGCUGUAUGACUUCAUGUGCGUCAAGCGGCGGCACUUCACGCCUCAGCAGCUGGUGUGUGUGGUGGAGAGCAUGGCGGCCCUCAAUGCCAGACACAGACCCACCCUGGCGGCACUCACUGAAGGUACCAGAGGGCACAGACAGCUUGAUGCAUCAAGCCGCAUGACACGAGAGGCCGCCUGUUGUUUCAGUGCUAGCGGCGUAUGAGAACCUCGAGCGUCUGACGCUUGACGAACUAUCUGUGAGGACAGGACAGCCCAAAUGCAGUGAGUGCUGCACCAAUCACCAUGACGUGGAUUCAUUUGUGUCAGGUUCUGCUGCACUCCUACGCCUCGCUGCAGAUCUACAGCAACAGCCUCUUCCGCGGCGCAAUGAAGGCGCUAUGUGUGGCGUCGACCUUCCCCCCCACUCUCCCCCAGCCACCCACGCCCGCCCCCUCUCUCCCAUCGCCAUCCAUAUUCGCAUUGCCCUCCCCAUCUGCGCCAGCAGCCGAUGACAGCACCCUGACCGUUGUCGACAUGACUGCUGAUGAGCGGGCCAGGGAGAGGCGUGUUGGUGUUGGGCUGGAGGUCAUCGAGGAUGUGGCCGAUGCGCUGCCGAAGGGCAACAAGAAGCCUGAGGUGGGGACAGAUGUGGGCGGGAGCGUGGGCAUGUCGACGACCGUUGGGAGGGAGGCCGCGGUGAUGGCGUACGUGGGCGACGGCAAGACGGAUGCACUGCUCGGGGUCAGUCCGAGCACUGCAGUGCCUGUACAGAGGUGGGUAACGACUUCACUUAGAUGUAUGUCACGGGCAUGAUAUUGGUUUGUGCUCUGUGCUCUGCUGGGUGACUGACAGUGUGACGCGUUUUCUGGAGACGUGGGCCAAGGUCAACUACUGGCGGGCCCCUCUCCUGCGACCUCUCCUCCCACUGUGCAUGGUAUCUCCGCACACAAGAACAAAUGAAGAAACUACUCGCCCCACAGCUGCGCUCCUUCUUUUCUCUGUGUCGUGUCAGUCUCGCCUUGCCCAGCUGCCCCCAGCCACUUUGGCCCUGCUGAUCGGCGGUGCAGUACGGUGCGGCAUCCACAGCCACGCACUCUGGCGGCGGCUGCUGGACGCCCUCCCCACACACAUGCAGCACAUGCGGCCGCAAUCGCUGCUGCUCAUCCUGUCGUCUAUCCGGCGCCACGCACAAGUGGCGGCAGUCUACACACAGGCGAUUGACCGGGCCCCCAGCAGCGGCAGCAAGGCGAUGGUCACAAGGCAGCAGAGGGGAGGUGAAGGCAGCAAUGCUCUGGUGGGUGUGGGUGUUGAUGGUGGUGCGUCGAUCGGUGUGGCUGCCGCCCGUGACGUUGGCUUGAUGGUGGAGUAUUUAGUGGAGGGUGUCAAUAUCGUGCUCGAGUGGGUGCACAAGCGGAUCGACGCCAUGACCGAGCAGGAGCUCAUCAAGACAGCCACAGAGAUGCACGGUCAGUGACGGCAGCACAAACUCAAUGCUGCAUCCUCAGCCUGUGUCUUGUUUCGCUUGCAGCUUUGCUGUCUGCGAUGCGUGACGUCGGUCGUCAUGUGGGGGGUGAUGGUGCUGGAAAUGACAGCGAGGAGCGGUGGGCGCGUGAGCGCAACCGCUCUGUCGUCAGCCACCUGGCAUUCAGGAUGGCACUCAAACGAGCUGACAACACGGCACUGCGGUCAGCCAAUAAACACUGAACGGGGCUGGGCAAGGCCGUCGUCAUAAAAAUACUCUUUUUUCUCUGUGUGCGUUGUAUGCAGCGACCGAUUGCCGCGUGAGUCGUUGGAUCGUGGUGUCCUCCGCGACGACCACGCCAAGGCUCUGCUAUCCGGCCGCUUCGACCCCUCUCGGCCCUUCCCCUCUCUCACAGCAUUCGCCAUGCUCAUUCAGCUUCCCCAAAGACAGAAGCCACACCGCAGCAAGAGCCGCAGCAGCUCGGCUGACGGCAGUACGGGCGAUGUGUGUUCGUAUGUGGAGGUUGUGGGUUUGCCUGAGGACUAUGCGGCUGGUCCUCUGGUGCGCAUGUGUCGUGAGCAUGAGGUGGAUGUGUUCAAGACGUACGUGCGGUGGCUGGAGGCACUGCUACAGAGGGAUGUCAGCAAGACCAAGAGGGGCGACUCCCCAGAUAAUGGACUUGUUGGACGAGAGCAGUCUCGUGCAGCAUCUGAUGCGAGAGAGGCGGGGGGUGCAGAUCGGCUGAGAGGGAGGACGCAUGACAGUGAGAGUGGGACUGGCGGUGGGGUUGAUGGUGGGGUGGGCAAGAGGGAGAGGAGGCGGCGAAGGGAGCGGCACAAGUGGGAUGCCGAUGACAGGACGCUGGGCAACAUGAAGGUAGCGAGGAAGGUCUUCUAGACAGGUCUGUUGCUUGAAAGACGCUGUCUGCGUAUUCUAUCCUUUUCACAAAUUGAGCCGCGUUAACGCGUUCAUUCAGUCGGACUGAAUGGACGCCUUAGCGCUGCUCAGUUCGUGAAGAGAGUAGAUCUACGUUCCUGGCACACCGUGACGAUCUGUGAGUCAGUCAGUGGCUUCACACAGCCAUUUGGAAUGCGUUCAGUCG